ACGUCGUGUUUGAGGCUCUGGUCUCAGACUGGAAUGUGUUCGACUUCGGAGAUCCCCUCAUAGUUUCCACUAUCUCUGCGCCUCUCCCUCCAGCGGUCCACCAUCUCUUCUUUCCAGGGUAGCCUGAAGCUUUUGAGAGCUGCGUUGAUCUGAUUCCAGCACAAGUUGCAGAUAGAUACAAAACAAGCAGAUGGUCUACGUGCCAGCAUUGCAAAGGAAAGUUUAUAGGCUUUUAUCCUCCUCCAGCACUUACAGGCUCUCUCUUCCACGUUGCACAUCUUCUCCAUUGCACUUCUCUUGUGCUUGUUCAGAGGCAUCAUGGCUUAGGACCAUACGCCACUUUAGUUCCUCUGAUGACCAUAAUUGCUUCAUCAAACGACAUAUGAGAGACCCUGAUGGGUCUUUAAGUUUUGAUGACAAGGGUGCCAGUGACAGAAUCCAACAGCAUCCUUCGGAACCAGUUCCAAAUAGGCCUUCAAGAAGUGACCACCAGUUUGAUCAGCCUCCUCCGAAUUUUCGAGAAUUUAGCAGAGGCUCCCGUUCUUUCACUCCAAGAUCUGAUAGCCCACUCGGUGAUGCUGAAAAGUCAAAUAUAUAUUCCCAAUCCACUGCUGGAUUUCGGGGUAGAAACAUGGGUGUAGGAGCAAAUAAGGAAGCCCCGAAAAUGGACCAAAGUUUUCUUGAGAAAUUCAAGCUUGGUUUUGAUAAUAAGAGAUCUAAGCCCUCAGAGGAUGCAGGAAGCAGCCAAUUCGAAGGAGAGAAAAAGUCAAGCCCUGAUGAACCAGCUCCAGACUCUAUACCUCAGGAUGCUGAUGAGAUCUUCAAGAAGAUGAAGGCAACUGGUCUAAUCCCCAAUGCAGUGGCUAUGCUUGAUGGUUUAUGCAAAGAUGGUCUUGUUCAAGAGGCCAUGAAACUUUUUGGCUUGAUGCGGGAGAAAGGUACUAUUCCAGAGGUUGUCAUAUACACUGCCGUUGUGGAAGGCUACACAAAGGCCCAUAAAGCCGAUGAUGCAAUAAGGAUUUUCAGGAAAAUGCAAAACAAUGGCAUUUCACCAAAUGCUUUCAGCUACACAGUCCUCAUAAAAGGACUCUACAAGUGUAACAGAUCGCAAGAUGCUAUUGAGUUUUGCAUGGAGAUGUUAGAAGCAGGUCAUUCUCCAAAUCUAUUGACUUUUGUAGGUCUAGUUGACAGUAUCUGCAAGGAAAAAGGCGUAACCGAAGCUCAGGGUGUUGUCAGAAGAUUAAUGGAAAAGGGUUUUAAUCUUAAUGAAAAAGCAAUUAGAGAAUUUUUGGACAAAAAGGCGCCAUUUUCAUCUUCAGUUUGGGAAGCCAUCCUUGGGAAGAAAACCCCACAAGGACCAUUUUAGAUGUCUUGGUAGACACUGAAGCUAUUUUGGUUUAUAUCUUUUGUUGAACGAUCACGGCUUCGAAUCUUUAUUAAACGCUAAUAUUUAGUCCUUGUCUCUGUUAAAGCUUCAAGCUUUUCAAAGAUUCAAAAUUGCUCCACUAAGGUGUUAUGCAUCAAGUUUAUGAAGUUUAGCUUUUUGGCGAAGCA